AAUUCAGACUAUUUCACUAAUUUUGACUUUUUUCAUUUUUUGACCAUUGAAGAUCCAGACAGUGUUUAUUUGUAUGGACUAAAAUAAAAAUGCAGGAUGAGAAAAUACUAGAAACGACACUCGAUGCUCUAUUGAAUCGUGUUCAAGAUUUAAAAAAUUCAUGCCAAAGUUUUCUGAUGAAAAUAGAACAUCAACAAUUAACCUGGCCACAAGUUCUCGAUAAUUUUGCAGUCAUUUCAGGUCAAGUUAGCACUCUGUUCAAAGUAAUUAAAAAUGAUAGAAUACCAGUACUUCGUAACCUUGUUUUGUUGCCAUUGUUGGUUCAACAAGAGCCCGAUGCUGACUUACAGAAAUCAACGGAAAGUCGUAUCCAGGCUUUUAACCACGAAGUUGUGCCUGAUCACCUGAGGACAAAAUAUGAACCAGAAGUGGAAGAUAAAGAGAGAGUUUUAUCAGCCACAGCCUCAAACAUGUCCAGUGAAUUAACACAGAGACAAAUUGCUGAUUUUAAUGCAACUUUGUCAAGCUUAGUUGAAAUGAUCAGUGCAGCACGAGAUGAUUGGGAAACUGAUCAAUCAUCAGCUUCCAAGUCAUCUGCCAAUGUGAAUGCAGAUGUACCAAAACUUGUAGGUGCCAUAACAUAUGGUAAAGGAUUAUCCUCAAGCUUGUCAUCAGGCAGUUCAUCAUCUCAUAAAUCUUCAUCUCAAGGACGUCAUUCGUCUUCACAACGUUCUAGCACAAGUAGUUCUGGAAAGGUAUCGAGUGCUGUAAAAACUGAACUUAAGACGAAAGUUGUGGAUGCAAGCAGCCCAUAUGGAACGAAAUAAACGAGUUUAUAUCUUAUUUAUUGCA